AGGUCUGCCUGCUGAGUAUCUGUCUGUCUGUCUGACAAAGUGCGCACCGGUGGCUUCGUCAUGGAUUGGAUCAAAAGGGCACAGAAAAACAAGAAGAAAAUCAUUAUUGGUGUCUUGGCGGUAGUKAUUGUAACUUUAAUCCUUGGUCUUGGACUUGGUCUUGGACUGGAAUUGCAGAGAUGCAAAGAUAAAGUCGUCCCGCAAACAUCCUGCAGGAACAGAUGUUACGAGCCCUUCGACGAUGAGGUCGCCGGCUGCAGAUGUGACGUGAACUGUGUUCUCGGCAAGAGCUGCUGUCAUGACUAUCAUGACAUUUGUACACUUCCAACUGAGCAGUGGGAAUGCACCAAGCUGCGCUGCGGUGAAAGCAGACUGAAUGAGAGUAAAUGUCACUGCUCUGAAGACUGCCUGUUGAAAGGAGACUGCUGCACAAACUACAAACAUGUCUGCCAUGAGGAGAAGGAAUGGGUGGAGGAUGKCUGCGAGGACCUGUCAACGCCCAAAUGUCCAGCAAGUUUUAUGCGUCAGCCGCUGCUCCUGGUCUCUUUGGACGGAUUCAGAGCUGAAUACCUGCAGUCAUGGAGCACUCUCCUCCCUGUUCUGGACAAACUCAGAACAUGCGGGACAUCUGCUUCAUUCAUGCAGGCUGCGUUUCCAAGCAAGACUUUCCCAAACCACUACACAAUUGUUACAGUUUGGCACACAGCAAGCUACCAAGGUCUGAAGUCCGGGACUUUCUUCUGGCCUGGUUCAGACGUCAAGAUCAAUGGAAGUUUCCCAGACAAAUACAAACCUUAUGAUGGUAAAGUGCCAUUUGAGGAAAGAGUCUUUACUGUCCUGAAGUGGCUGCAGCUGCCAGAUAAUGAAAGGCCAGAUUUCUACACCUUAUAUUUGGAGGAACCUGAUAAAUCGGGACACACAUUUGGUCCUGUCAGUGGAGGGGUUAUUUCCUCAAUCCAGGCCGUGGAUAAGAUAAUGGGCCAGCUCAUGAAUGGGCUGAAGCAGAUUGACCUGCAUCGCUGUCUGAACAUCAUUUUUGUUGCUGAUCAUGGUAUGGAAGAAACCAGCUGUGACAGGAAGGAGGCGUUGCGGGACCUGGUGGGAGAUACCAGCAAUUAUGUGGUCAAUCAGGGGCCUUUCGGUCGCGUGAGAGCCAAAAAUAAAAACACCACCUUGGACUCAGAACAACUUGUUGCCAACAUGUCUUGCAAGAAGCCAAACCAAAAGAUCAAGCCGUACCUCAAAGCCAACCUGCCGAAACGCCUUCACUUUGCCAACAGUCGUCGCAUCGAAGACGUCAAYGUUCUGGUUGAAACUAAAUGGCUGUUUGAGAGAGAUCCAGGAUCUCUGACGUUCUGUUCUGGUGGGGAUCAUGGCUACGACAACGAUGUUGAGAGCAUGCAYGCCAUGUUUCUCAGUUAUGGCCCCAAGUUUCAGCAAAAAACAACAAUUGAACCCUUCUCUAACAUUGAGCUGUAUAAUGUCAUGUGUGAUUUGAAUGUGACAGCAGACCAGCAGUAUGAUGCUUUACUGAUGAGUAACAUUGUCCCAAUGUACCCUGACUUUAGAAAGAUCUGGGAUUAUUUCCACAACAUCUUAUUAAAGAAAUAUGCCUUUAUAUAUAACGGCAUUAAUGUGGUGACUGGGCCUGUCUUUGAUUACAACUAUGAUGGCCGAUAUGACACAAARGAGCAAAUAAAGCAGUUUGUCCCCAACACAAACAUAUCUGUUCCCACACAUUACUUUGCUGUGCUGACCAGCUGCAAGGACUCAGGUCAGCCAGUCAGUGCCUGCAAGGGGAAACUGCAGACCGUGUCUUUCCUGCUCCCUCACAGAGCCGAUAACACAGAAAGCUGCAAGAGUUCAGAGGAUGAAUCCCAAUGGGUGGAAGAUCACAUUUGGUUUCACCAGUCGCGAGUCAGAGAUGUUGAAUGGGUUACAGGACUGGACUUUUACCAAGGCAGCAUCAGGCCCAUUCCAGAGCUGCUGAUGCUGAAGACACGCCCCACAGCUGCGAUUCAAAGAAAGCAGUAAAAUAAAACUCAUGCGCACACAA